AUGGUCAACAUCACCGAGAAGAUCAAAGAGAUCGAGGAUGAAAUGCGAAGGACGCAAAAAAAUAAGGCGACAGAGUACCAUCUUGGUCUACUGAAAGGGAAGCUCGCCCGCCUUCGUGCUCAGCUGCUUGAACCAGCUCCUGGUGCAGGGUCAGGCGGUGGGACCGGGUUUGAUGUUAGCAAAAGCGGUGACGCACGGAUUGCGCUUGUGGGCUUUCCUUCUGUUGGCAAAUCCACUUUCCUCUCCAAAAUUACGAAAACGAAGAGCGAAGUUGCGGCAUAUUCUUUUACUACUCUGACGGCCAUCCCCGGUGUACUUGAAUACGGAGGCGCAGAAAUCCAAGUUCUCGAUCUGCCCGGAAUUAUUGAGGGAGCUUCCGAGGGUAAGGGACGAGGGAGGCAGGUCAUCAGUGCUGCGAAGACAAGCGACCUGGUCUUGAUGAUCCUUGAUGCCACCAAGAAGGCAGAGCAGAGGGCGCUGCUUGAGGGCGAGCUUGAAGCUGUUGGCAUUCGAUUGAAUCGAGAGCCACCUAAUAUCUACCUGAAACCGAAAAAAGCCGGAGGCAUGAAAAUCACAUUUCAAAAUCCUCCUAAAAACCUUGACGAGAAGAUGCUGUACAAUAUACUACGAGACUACAAGAUGCUGAACUGUGAAGUGCUUGUUCGAGACGAGAACGCGACCGUUGAUGACUUUAUCGACGUCAUAAUGAAGGAUCAUAGGAAGUAUAUCAAAUGCUUGUACGUUUACAACAAGAUUGACUCCGUCUCUCUCGAUUUCCUCGACAAACUCGCCAGAGAGCCACACACUGUGGUCAUGAGCUGUGAGCUUGAUCUGGGCAUCCAAGACGUGGUCGAGAGAUGCUGGCAAGAAUUGCAGCUAAUGCGGAUCUAUACGAAGCGGAAAGGGGAAGAACCAGACUUUAGCGAAGCACUGAUUGUCAGAAACAAAUCUUCAAUAGAAGAAGUCUGCGAUCAGGUUCACCGAACGCUUAAGGAGACAUUCAAGUAUGCUAUGGUGUGGGGAGCUAGCGCUCGACAUGUACCCCAGAGGGUCGGGUUAAGUCAUAUUGUGGCGGACGAGGAUGUUGUUUCGAUUGUCGCCAAAUAG